AUGCAAGAAGUAGUGAAAAAGGAGAUUAUUAAGUGGUUGGAUGACAGAGUCAUAUAUCCGAUCGCUGAUAGUAUGUGGGUAUGCCCUGUUCAAUGUGUGCCUAAGAAAUGGGGAAUGACUAUGGUCCCGAAUGAGAAAAAUGAGCUUGUUCCAAUUAGGGCGGUGACUGGAUGGAGAGUGUGUAUUGAUUACCAGAAAUUGAAUGCAUGGACUGAGAAGGACCAUUCUCCCGUGACUUUCAUGGAUCAGAUGUUCGAUAGACUUGUAGGAAAGGGGUGGUAUUGUUUUGAUGGUUAUUCGGAUUACAACCAAAUCUCUAUUGCAUCGGAAGAUCAAGAGACACAACCUUUACUUGUCUUUGUGGAACUUUUGCAUUCAAGAGGAUUCCAUUCGGGUUGUAUAAUGCACUGA